AUGAUAAGUAACGGAAAUGCCCAGGCGAACCAAAUCGAAGAGCUAGGUAGCCGAGUAGGGGGUUUGUCUGUGAAUCGACCAAAACAGAAAAGAGCUACGAGAAAAUUUCAGGAUUUUGGACUGGGAAAUGAUUCAAUUUCACCAUCUCCUGCUCCAGAGCAGAGCACUUCAAUUGGGCCUCAUGUGAAUGCCUUAGAUCCAGCAGCCUCUAACUUAGUGAAUGAUACUCAGCCCAACACUAAUACAGCUACCGAUGAGAAUGAUUUACUGCUCCUGAGUUAUAGAUAUAUGGAGCAAUUUCAAUAUUUAACACCUAAGAAAGAUGGGACACUUCCUUCAUUUUUCACAUUUGAGAAUGCAGCACCACCCACGGCUGGCACCCAAUUUCAUUCUGUUGAUCAGGGUACUGCCAGCUCUAAAUUUAUACGAUCAUCAAUGUACUUCGUGCCUGAGAGCGAGACCUUGCGAAAGGCUACAAAGCUACCCAUGUCUGUCACAAUAAGGCCAUUUGCACCAGUAUUGGAGUGUGAAGAACACAUACCUGUGAUUGACAUGUCCGAGUUAGGAGCAGGGAAUGAAACAGAUGUACUUGAUGUUGGUCCGCCGAGAUGUCGUCGAUGUCGAACCUAUAUUAAUCCAUUGAUGCAAUUUACAAGUAUUAAUACUUUCACCUGCAAUGUUUGCCAAUUUCCCAAAAAUACUGUUCCAGUAGAAUAUCAGUCAUACUUGGAUGCCCAGGGAUAUAGAACAGAUAAGCUCAGUCGACCUGAACUUCAUAAAGGUGUCUAUGACAUUAUAGUACCGAAAGAAUAUAAUGUUGGAGGGCCGGAGCAUCUGCCAUCAUCGUUGCAUCAUAUAUUUUUAAUAGACAUAAGUGAGAGAAGCUUGAAGCAAAAUUUACCUAUGCUCAUAGCUGAUGCCAUCAGAGCUACUUUAUAUGGCGAUGUUGAGACCGAGAAUGAAACUCUUAAAUCAACAGACCCUAAUGCAACUCAAAAAUUUGCCAUUAUGAUGUUUGACAAACGUAUUCAUUACUUUAAUUUGUCUCAUAAACUUGAUUCGGUUCAAGUGACAGUUAUGCCAGAUUUGGACGACCCAUUUGUUCCAUUUAUUGAUGGACUUUUCGCAGAUCCUGAAGAAAGCAGGUUGAUGAUUGAAGGAGCUUUGAAUCAUUUAGAGCAAAUCUGUCUGCAAGAAGGAAAUGUUGUAGAUGCUGAACCAUGCUUUGCUGUGGCAUGCAGAGCUGCAAUGCUUGCUCUUGAAAUGGUUGGUGGAGGCAAGAUAACAUCUGUUUUAACUUCUAUUCCAUCUUGGGGUCCUGGACGUUUGGUAUAUAAAGAUCAUAAGGCCGUGGGUAGAGCGACGAAUCCUGAAAUUGAAAAAGGUGUUUUCCUUCCAGAUAAUGAAUAUUAUAAAUUAUUGGGAAGGGAUUUCAUCUCUAAUAACAUUGGUCUUGACUGUCUAGUAGUUUCUCCAACGUCUGUUGAUUUAUCUAAUAUUGGGUGGCUAUGUGCAAUAAGUGGAGGAUUUGUUAGGAAAUGGUCUUCUUUUGAAAUUGACAGGGAUAGCAGAGACUUCUCAGGGAACUUUGUAAAUUCAGUGAAGAAAAUGAGAGGUUACCAAGGUCAACUCAAACUCCGAUGUUCGAAUGGAUUACAAGUUACUCAAUACUAUGGAGCAUACUCGGCUGUCUCUGAUUUAUCUGUCGUUGGUAGUGUUCAAGAUCCCAGUAUUCCUGUUAUCAGCGAAGAUAAAUCAAUUACUGUCCUUCUCUCAUAUGACGGAAAGUUAAACACAAACUAUGAUUGUCACUUUCAAGCUGCCAUGUUAUAUACUGAUUUAGUAGGCGUGAGGAAAGUAAGAGUGAUCAAUCUAGUUUUAGCUGUUGCGGAAAGGCUCGAAGAUGUAUUUAAUCUCACAGAUCAAGAUUCCGUUGUUGCUACCAUAGUGAGAGAUACAAUAUCAUUUAUUGGUAAACAGCCUAUUACAGAAUUAAGAGAUUCUGUCAAUGAGAAAUUAGUUGAUGUCUUCACCCAAUAUAGAGCAAUGAGUGAGAUGGGCCAUAAUAUGAAUAGGACACUUUCAAAUCAAUUACUAUUUCCUGAGAAGCUCAAAAAUUUGCCCUUGUAUCUCUUAUCAUUUAUCAAGUCAAGGCCUCUAAGAACUUCUGGUGCUUCUUCAGAUUCUCGUCUUGUCGAUAUCUAUCUGAUGUUAAAUGAGCCACUUGUUAAAUUACUUUAUGGUUUAUACCCUGCAUUAGUUGAGCUACAUUCCUUAGAGGAUCACGAGGCCUUGUAUGAUGAACAUUAUGAUUUCUUGAGGCUUCCGAGGUUCAAAGAUCUCUCAGCUAAAAAUAUGGAUUACGGAGCUUAUAUUCUAUGUGAUGCAUGUACCGUUUAUUUUAUAAUUCACCCAAAUGCGAAUAUUUUGUUAGUUAAGGAUUUAUUUGGUGAACAAGUUGAAAGCGUUGAAGAAAUUGAUCCAUUAAUGGAUAGGCUUCCUCAACUAGACACACAUAUCUCCUUACAAACACGAAACUUAAUCUCUUAUUUCCAUUCCAAUAUAAUAGGGUCGCCAAAGCUAACCAGCGAUGUUAUUCAUAUCAUAAGACAAGGGAUCGAUAAUGAUACGAUUUUGCAAGAGAAGUUCUUAGAAGACAGUUUACAGGGAAAAAUGGUUACCACUAAUUGGCCAAGCUAUGCGGAAUAUAUUACGAGUCUCCACAAGGCUAUUAGGGUAAAGUUAGAUAAUGACAAAUCAUCUAAUCGUGUCAGACAAUCUGUCACCGCAACUGAACACGACGAAACUUUGGCACAAAAAUUAAUUCACUUCUAG